CGAGAAAGUAAUCAGAUUGAACGUCGAUCUUGAGGGCACACGGUCUUGAGUUUAAUGAGCAAAAUUCAGGGUAGAAUGAUUUGCUUGCGACAACUAUUUAUAAAGACAGCGCCGUUCUCUCUCUACUACGACCCGUCCAGGAAUUGCAGCAAACAGUUAACAGUCAACACUAGCAAAUUUGAUCAAAUAUCGAAUUGUUAGUUGCAAUGAUUGCCACGCUCAAGACUCUCCUUCUAGCAAGCAGCUUCUCGCUUGCGCUGGGAGCAUCCGUGCCGACGCGCCGCGCAGAAAACUCAACAUGCCAGUUUAAUGUAAACCUUGACACUACGGAUAUUGCAAACACCAGUUACGUGCGCAAUGUAAAGAACGUCAAGCUUCCAGUCUCAGGAAGGACGUACCGCUACGUUAUCAGCCCGCCCUUCGAGCAAGAGAAGCCGUACCUGCUGUUCCUCCAUGGAUUCCCGGAAUCCUCAUACAGCUGGGUCAAUCAGAUCGAGUGGUUCUCCAGGAACGGCUACGGAAUCAUAGCACCAGACUUACUGGGUUCUGGGGGCACAGAUGCGCCCACUGAAUUAGAGUCCUACAAUCUGAAAUCAAUGGCUGCUGAAGUUGCUGAACUGCUUGACUGUGAAGGUCUUGAAAAGGUAGUUGCUAUUGGACACGACCUCGGAUCUUUGUUACUUUCCCGCUUUAACACAUAUCACUCCGAAUAUAUCUCUGCUCUGUCAUUUCUAGACGUCGGCUACGUCGCUCCGGGCUUCGAUUUGAACCAAAGCUAUGUUGAGAACUUCAACAAUAUCACCGAAGCUGGAUUUGGAUGGCCUAUUUUCGGAUACUGGUACUUCUUCACAAAGUCAGAGACGCCCGCGCUCAUGGACGCAAGGUUGGACUCCUUUUACUCCCUGGCCUACACGUCAAACUACACGGCCCAGAAGGAAGAAUUUGUCAAGGUCGGAAAGUUCCAACAAUGGCUAGAAGCAGACAGACGAGCCCCGUUCGGCAAUGGAUUCAUCACCAACUCGACCCGAGAGCAAUGGAAAUCUAUCGUCACCGCUCAGGGAGGUCUUGAGGCUCAUCUCAAAUGGUACCGAUCAUUCGUCGAGGGAAUCAACACUGCAGACGAGAAAGAGAACGAAUCCAAACCAGGCAUGGUUGAAGCGCCUCUUCUUUUCGUCGCAGCGAAUUUCGACUACGUUGGUGUCCCCUCGACGCAGAUGAUCACCACUCUGCCGUAUGCGCCCACCAUGCAGUUCAGGACAGUCGAUUCUGGACACUUUGUCCACAUUGAAAAGGCGGAUGAAGUCAACCAUCAUGUCCACGAAUUCCUCCUGAGCCUUUAGAUUUGGGAACACGUGAAGGAUCCAUCUGUACUGAGUAGUUUUGCCAUUCCUUCGUACCCUGUUACAUUCCGUACGAUUGGCAUCUUAGGCUCACUUCCUACUACUGUACAGAUGGUAGAUUGUACAUUGUUUUGAGUUCGUUUGAGUAUGUCGUAGUUGCAGGGGUAGAUCUAAGAUUUGCUCAAUUGGUUUACCUUGUUAACAUUGUAGCUUCUAUCCCUAAGAUAAUAAAGAAUUGU